AUGCUGUGGCGACGCUGUGUGACACCGUUUGCUGUGGUUCAAAAGCGACGCUUCGCUGCUACGUUUUGCCCUUUGCUGGAGCAACUGGGCGACAUCGUUGUCGAGCAAGACAUCAUCAGAAUGCGGCAAUCCAUAGAAGAGCGCAAACGCGUCUACAAAGAGGGACGCAAACGCUUCAUGCGCGGAGGCAAUUUCUCUUGUCCCAAAGAGGAAAACCAAUGGGCCUAUCGACGUUUUGGCCACGAACGAGAGAGCGGUGAUGGCCUGGCGGCUGCGGUGAAAAAGAGGGAACAUGAGAAGCGCGAAGGGCGCAGGAUGGGCCUCGAGGACAACUUAUCUAAGUCCUGGCGUCAGAAACUGCGGAUGGACUUUGAGAUCCAGUGCCUCCACCGUGCUGACAAAGAGGGCCAGCGAUGGCGGGACAAGUCCAAAGAGGUCCAAGAACUGCAACAGAUGGCUUUGGAAGACGAACGGUCGCGACUGCAGCAACUCUGCAGCCCUGUGGAGUUCAGUGAGGCAGUGCAGGGCCAGAGGAACGCUGAGACUGUUCCUGUCGACAUUUCGGUUCUUUCGAGGAUGGUCAUCCCUAUUUCUUCAGGUGAAGUGAAGAGCUCGUCCACGGUUAGAGAAGGAGAGCUUGACUGCUGGGCUCGAGCCCCUCGCAGCACCCGGCGUGCCAGCAAAGCUCCUGAGGUGCACACCUGCGGAAAUGCGAUCUGUGUGAAACUCUGCGAGGCCGCCGGCUAA